AUGCCUUCUACAUCCAUUGUACAACAAGAUGACAUGCCUCAUGGAACUGCCGGUCGACCUGCGUAUUCCUUGUCUCUCAGGGCAAGUGACUCGCUGAAAAACACCAGCAAUGCUCUCUGGGACAUUCUUAGCGACCUUUGGCAUUCGCAGAGCAACCCUCACGGCGUCGUCACCCUCGGACUUGCAGACAAUGCUUUGAUGCAAGAACAGCUGCUACUUCGUGUGAACAGCAACUUCGAUCUUCCCGGACGACAUCUUUUGUUGAAUGAUACCAUCACUGGAUCUGUCCAACUUAAGACCGCUAUCGCUCAUUUUCUCACUCGGUAUCUCAGCCCUUCUAAAGCGCUCAAGCCAUCGCAGGUCAUUGUCACCAAUGGGGUAUCGUCAGCAACCGAACACUGCUCCUGGGCUUUCUGUGACCCGGGCGAAGGGAUUCUGGUUGGCGCCCUCAGCUUCGACGAAGUAGAUCCCAUCAGUGUUUCGGCUGUGUCCAAAUACGAAGAAGCUAUUCUCAGCUCCCGUGACCAAGGCUGUACUAUACGAGCCAUCAUGCUCUGCAACCCGCACAAUCCCUUGGGUCGAUGUCAUUCGCGGUCGUUCCUUGCGGAGCUGAUGAAGCUUUGUCAAAAAUAUGGGAUUCAUUUGAUCAGCGAUGAGAUAUAUGCUUUGUCAGUUUGGAGACAUGGUCUGGACAGGGCGACGCCCAUGGAAGAUUUUACUUCAGUGCUUUCCAUCAACCCUGAUGGGUUGAUCGACCCAAAGCUUGUCCAUGUGUUAUGGGGUGUUAGCAAGGACUUUGGCGCGAACGGAGUGCGACUAGGUGUGAUUAUAUCCCAAGAAAACGGUGACUUGCUUGAAACGAUCAGAGGGGUCGGCCAGUUUAGCUCGAUUUCGGGCUUCGCAGACUAUCUGACGACAACUAUUCUCGAAGACGAGGAGUUCGUGGACCGAUAUAUCAAGGAAAACCGUGAAAAGCUUGCUGCAGCCUACAACUAUGUUGUCACCUUCUUGGAUGACCAUGGAAUACCCUAUACAAGAGGAUCGAACGCGGGGCUCUUUGUCUGGUGUGAUCUAUUAACAGCGUAUCGGAGAGUCCAACCCAACAGUCCACCUGAUGACAGCGACUCUGCAAAGCAGAACAGAAGUAGGGAGCUGGGAGAAAAGUUGGCGCAGCACAGAGUGCAUCUUGGAGUUGGCGAUGACUUCGGUAGUGAGCAGCCCGGAUGGUUCCGCAUUACCUUUUCUCAACACCGUGCCCAGCUUGAUGAGGGACUGAAACGAAUCGUCAAAGCCCUUCACUCUUAG